UCCCUAGCUCAGCCUAGUGGUCUGACUUUCCCAUCAACAUGAAGGCUUUUCUGAUUCUGGGGCUUCUUCUCCUUUCUGUUAUAGUCCAGGGCAAAGUCUAUGAAAGGUGUGAGUUGGCCAGAACUCUAAAAAGACUUGGAAUGGAUGGCUACCGUGGAAUCAGCCUGGCAAACUGGGUGUGUCUGGCCAAAUGGGAGAGUAGUUACAACACCAGAGCUACAAACUACAACCCUGGAGACCAAAGUACUGACUAUGGGAUAUUCCAGAUCAAUAGCCACUACUGGUGUAAUGAUGGCAAAACCCCAAGAGCAGUUAAUGCCUGUGGUAUAUCCUGCAAUGGUAAGACUAGAUAAUA